AUUUUACUAACAGUGCGGCACACAGAGCCUGUCAGUGUACCCGGUGACAGUAAUAUCUCUGCAUGGCACUGUGUACACGGGGGGAACGAAAGGAUUCAGCACGAGUAGCAGCCGGACCCACGGACUCCGCUCAAUCACCGGAAGCAGAGCGAUCACUGGCAUCCUACUGAAUGAAUCCAGGUUCCCAUCAUGGCAGCCGUGAUAAACACUGAACUAGAUCCAAUUUUUCUGAAGGCACUUGGCUACCUUCAUUCCAAGAGCAAGGACUCUGCUGAAAAACUGAAGGCGUUACUGGAUGAGUCUCUGUGCAGGGGCAUUGACUCUGGCUAUCGACCUCCUCAGAAAGAAAUUGACCAACCUAAAGUAACAAUGUCCAAACCGAAGCCAGAAAUGAAAGGCAGCAGCUCAUCUGUGAGUGGCAUUCCGAGCAAAUCUCUUGCACCAGAGAAGUUGAAGAAGGAGGCAGAAAAGAGAUCAACUGACAAGCUGAAGGUGGAGCUAAGUGACCUAGCAGACUUGCCAAAGAAACCUUGUUUGGAGAAACCAGAAGCCCGUUCCUCCCCCAUCACUGUGCAGACCAGCAAGGAUUUUAUCACGAUUGGUCUUUCAAGUGUGAUGAAUGAUGAGACCAGCGCUGAUGAUUUUGCCAUGGAGAUGGGCCUGGCCUGCGUUGUGUGCCGACAAAUGACUGUAUUCUCUGGUAACGUGUUGGUUGAAUGCCAGGAAUGCCACAAUCUGUACCAUCAGGACUGCCACAAACCCCAGGUCACAGAUAAGGAUGUGAAUGACCCUCGUCUUGUCUGGUAUUGUGCCCGCUGUACCAGGCAAAUGAAAAGAAUGGCACAAAAGAAUCAGAAGCCCUCUCAAAAGCCUGUCCCGUCCUCAGUAACUACAGCUCUACCAGUUGUAAAGGAUCCAUCCAUCAGCAAACCUGAACAGAAACCCAAGCCAGAUUCUGCAAACACAUUUUUAGCAUUUAAAAGAGCAGAAGUUAAGGUAUCAGCUGCAGUGUCCUCCAAUUCCUCAAGUUCUGCAGCCUCAUCUACAGCUGCAAGUGGCCUCACAGGAUGGGCUGCAUUUGGUGCCAAAACGGCAAGUGCCGCGCCAGUAUCAGCCAAGUUGAGUUCAACAGCACCGUCUAGCAGUGGGAAGCCGCCUGCACUUUCUGCAGGACAGAAACCUACAGGUACAUCUGGAAUGGCCACUUCUAAAACUGGUUCAGGGUCUAAAACUGGAUCAAGCAGCAACACCUCUAAUACCAUCCCAUUUAAACCUCUGCCACCUCUUAUACUUGGCAAACCUGGUCUCAGUCAUUCCUUGAGUAGUGACAAUGUCAGCAAAACCAGCCUGCCCAGUCCAAGCACAAACACAUCUGGCAGCAGCAGUCAACUGAUUAGUGGAAAUGGAGGAGGCAAUUCUUCAGGAAGCAGUGGGAGCAGUAGUAGUAAAACUACCGUGGACCCCAAUAAUCAGCAGUCCGGAGCAAAAGGCCCCACAUCUCAGGAAUCUCAAUUGAAUGCAAUGAAGCGCUUGCAAAUGGUAAAGAAGAAAGCUGCACAGAAAAAGCUAAAGAAGUAAUGUCAUGAUAAACUCAAAAUGCAAUCUAUUUAUUGGUUGAUGUUGCAGACUGCUAGCAUCAGACUGUUGUUAGGGGAGAGUACACUGAAUAUAAUCUGAUAAAUUAAGAACUUUAGUUACUUGUAAUUUAAUUUGUACGGUUGUGAAAUUUGUUUCCCCAGUCAAUACCACCACUUUGUUACUAAAUUUGAUUAUUUUCAUAAUCAACCCAUUGACCAGGUGAUAAUGAAUACUGUUUUUUAAAAAGACUCUCUAGAGGAGACACAUAUUAUAAACAUUGAUUCAGAGAUCUGAUCCACCUGCAGAGGCCAAUAAAUCCUAUCUGGGUAGUGGUUCCCUACCACUACCGUCCUAUAGCUUUCUGUGCAAGAAUUAGUUAACAUUUUGUGUGUCAUGGUUUACUAACUUGUAAUGAACAUCAACCACUGGUAACUCAACACAAGCAUCACAUCUUUCAUUAUAAUAACAUAGCAAAAAGUAAUAAUGAAAACGACAUCAACAGAUAACUUUUCAAUAACGUUUAUUAAAAAAUAUGUUGGCAUUUUAUUUUAAGAAAUUUACAUGUGGCCAGACCAUAUAGUUUUUUGUUUUUUUUUGAUUCAGCAAUGUAAGUCAUUUUCCUAUAAAAGUUCAUCUUGAUCAGCAGCGGCCUGAAGUGUCUCUUUAAGGUUUCUAAUCUUAAAAUGACAAGUCAUGUUUGUUUUCAAAUUCAUGUGUUUUUUUAUUUUAUUUUUGUUUACUUUUUUAUUCCUCUUUGUUAACCCACAGUAGGGACACUGCAAACUCUGUAGACAAAUUAUUGAAACCAUGCCUCCAUCAGCAUUAUAUCAGAUUUGAUGCUCUAUUUUGGAUUAUUUUGAGCAUAGUCUCACGAUAGAGUGUAUUAUUUGUGUAUGAAUUUCAGUCUUUCUACUGAUGCAGUAUAUUAUAUUAAUCAAAGAAUGAUGUACAUGGAUAGGGUAC